AUGGAUGAAGUCACCGACGAUGCCUUCGUCAACCGUGACGACCCCAUACCGACCAUCCGUUUCGAUGGGGCCUCUCCUAGUUCAGCCUCAGUGGCCGCCUCCUCGGUAGCUGGGGCGAGUCACGACUCUGACCACUCCGAGGCCGACUCACCCGUCCGGAGGAGGCGAGGAGGCAUCAGGGACCGUCUCUCGGCAUUCCGGGACAAGGCCUCCAUCCAGGACAAGCUGGUCGAGAAACUCCUUUCCCAGGUUCUCCCCGAUGGUGGUGAAUUGCCUCCCGAGGAUGGCUCCAAGGGCUUUCCCGGCGUGUCAACCGAGAAGCCAAACUUCAACCUCCCGACCAUGUCGUACAACUUUCGCCGGUUCAACAGUCGCAUAGGCGUCGUCUUUGUCUUCCAGGCCAAGGCCAUCAGGUUGCUUUCAUGGAAACAUCCUACGCAUACACUUUCGUUUCUAGCCAUAUAUACUUUUGUCUGCCUGGACCCCUAUCUCCUCCCACUCCUACCACUGGCCAUUUUGCUCUUUGGCAUCAUGGUGCCCAGCUUCAUUGCCCGCCAUCCAGCCGCUCCCGUAACCCUUACCAACAUCGAGGCCAUGGGAUACUCGGCACAGGGUCCCCCCUUGGCGCCAGCCAAAACGGUCAAGCCCGUCAAGGAACUGAGCCGCGACUUCUUCAAGAACAUGCGCGACCUGCAAAAUUGCAUGGAGGACUUUAGCCAGCUCCAUGAUGGCAUCGUGACGCUCAUGGUGCCGCGCGUCAACUUUAGCGACGAGGCCCUGAGUAGCGCCCUCUUUGUCGCCGUAUUUGCCGUCUGUCUAUUCAUGAGCAUCGCGUCCAAUAUUCUCCCAUGGCGGUUCAUCUUUCUCGUCUUGGGCUGGGCCGUCACCGUCAUGGGUCAUCCGUACGUACAGAUGCAGCUCGAGGGCGCGCAAAAGCAACACUUGGCGUCGAAUCAGGAGAUGGCUCAGGGCACCAUCCAGCACUGGAUCGAUAAUGAUAUUAUCCUCGAUAGCGCGCCCGAGACGCGAGAGGUUGAAAUCUUUGAGUUGCAGAGACUAUCCGACCCGAAUGGUGAAUGGGAGCCCUGGGUCUUUAGCGCCUCGCCAUACGACCCCUUAUCGGCCAUCAGGAUUACCGGUGACCGGCCAACAGGCACGCGCUUCUUUGAGGACGUGAUGCCGCCUCAGGGAUGGGAGUGGAGUGAGAAGAAAUGGGCACUUGACCUAUGGAGUCGAGAAUGGGUGGAAGAGCGCAUCAUCACGGGCGUUGAAGUCGAGACCGAGGGCGAGAGAUGGGUUUACGAUAUCUACUACGAGCUAGAGGACAAGAUUGGCGUCACGGAAGAUAGCAAGCUCACCAGCCCUAGCAAGGGCAAAGGGAAGACCAAGGCGCCUCCACCGAGGCCUAGCUGGGAAGAAGGCGAUGACUAUGAAGGCAGACGAGGUGAAUGGAGGCGGAGGCGCUGGGUACGACUUGUCAAGCGAAAGAACUUGGGUACUGGCAAGGAAGGCACUUGA